GUCCUCACACUUCAUUAUGGCAGCUGAUGACCAAUUUUUCUCAGAGGAAGACACAUGUCCAAUAAACCACGGUCCAUUGGAACGUUUCGAUUCAGGUAACGAGUAUAACCCCGAUGGAGAUAACCGGUAUUCUCCACAAACUCUCAUAGGAAAAUGGUUCGAAGAGAGGAUUGGGAUAAAUGAAAUUAGGAAACUGAAGCCUUUGACAUCACAGUAUGAAUAUUUCUAUCGUACAAUAUAUGGGGAUUCAUAUAACAAGGAAGAGAAACGACGUGAAUCGUUUGAAACAGAGCCACAUGUUUACCCUACACACCAACCAGAAUUGGACCCUCCUUAUAGCAAGCAAUUUCCGAAAACGAGCUACAUGAUAGACUACGUGGAUCCUGCGCUCCUAAUGUACCCUCCCUGCCCUCCGGAUUUGAACAAGGUGGAGAAUGAGCAAUUACAAUAUUGUGGACCCCCGGCUCCAUCAGGCACUGAUGAGACAGUAGAGCAGAAUCAGUUAUGUGGUACUUACAUCCCUUUAAAUCCCACCAUUGCGACAGACUUGGAGGCACAGCAAAACCAGCAGCCAGAUGUUCCAGAGUUUUGUGGAUAUCACCUUCCUACAAAAAUGCCAUUAGGACUGUGCACGGCUAGGUUUUGUGAGCCAUGCAAGCCUACAGUCUUAGCUUCUUCAGGACCAGGUUUGGCUGCAUGUUGUUCAUCCUCCACUCCCUGAAUCAGUGAUGAACAUUCAAUGAAGAACCAAAAUGAGAAAAACUACAAGAGAAUUUUAAAAUGACUCUUUGUUUUCUUUUCAGAGUGAAUGGAAAUGGCUCAUUAAUAAAUAGGGAAUGAUAUACCUGUUGUUCUUCUGUUAUGAGAUUUGUAUAAGGUAUGACCAAUCUGUGCCUCAGUCCAUGACCAGUUGUCAGAAACAAAAAAAACUAUAUCAAAAUGAUGUGGAAGACUAUUAAACCCAUGAGCCAAAACAGUAAAUUAAAUACCUAAGUUGCUUCAUAAAAUCAAAGAUGUUUGGAUUUCCACUGCCAUUGUUCCCACAGGAAUAUUAUAAAGGGACAUAGGAAUAUUAUAAAGGGAUUCACAAACUCUUGUUAAAAACUACAUUAAACACACAUGCUUUACCAUUAAUACCUGCUUGAGUAUUUGGUCAUUCUAGUUAUUGGAAGACUUUUUAAAACUAAUGUUUUAAAGUUAAAAGCUGACAAUUUGUUUGAUUUUUAUUGAGAAUUUUACACAACACGCAAGAAAAUUGUACUUGUUUUUGCACUUGAAUAAAUAUUUCUUUUUUAUAGCUUGGAGAUGUAAGUUCAUGGUGAUUGUUUUAAGAAUGUGCAUAUUUUUACAGUGAGGGUAUCUGAAGGCUUGUUUUUAAAAGGUACAUUGUUUUGCCAAUGUUAAACCUAUAAACUCUAAACACUGAUUUCUGUAUUUUUGUUGCGGCUGUGAUGGGAUAAGUGUAGCAAACUAUAGAAUGUCAUUGUCUUAAAAUGUCUUUUUAACAUUAUAUUUUAGUUUUUAAGUUUUAGUUCAGUGUUGCAUUUUGAUUAUACAUCCCUCUUUAGGUAGGAGUGCAGUUGAUUUAAAACAAUGAACAGGUUCACAACCAUUCUGUGACUGGCGAGAGGGAGAUCCAGAUGUUUACAUCAAUGGGACUUCACACCUACAACAGUAGAAUUUAAGCUGUCUUCUAUCAAACGAUAUAGUAAUUUCUCUUCAAAUAACUGAAGGAGAAUGCUGGAAAUCUGACAUACCAUAAGUGGUUGUUAUCUAAAAAGGGAGAAAUUUGGUUAAA